AUGGUUUCCUUCAAGAAGAUGAGCUCAGUGCUCACCUCACGACUCGCCAACCGACGCUUCGCCUUUGCUCUCGUCACAUUAGCAGUAUGCGCCGCAAAAGGCGUGCAUCUCGACAACCAUAGAUCCUCCGUAGCGCCCAAGCGCAUGAUUCUCUUCUUUUUCUCUUUCUUCACGCAAGACAUCCUUCUUCUUCUCUUCAUCCGACUCCUUCUCAGUCACUGGACCCCAAGCUUCCCCGGUAAGCUACGAUUCUGCAUCACAGCACUUGCGAGCUGUUUGAUAGCCUACAAUGCCGCACUCGGCCUUGUCUCGGUAUCUUUCUAUCUGGUUGCUGGUUCGGAAAUUCGCUGGCGCAACAUCGGGUUCAUCGCCGACCCUUCAGCUAGAGCAAUCAUGAUGUCAGGUCUCACAGCGUUCUUGGGAGUAUUGGUGCUUUGUCUUUGUUUGAGUGGUGUGCUUCAGAGUGCUUGUUAUGGAUUGUUUGGCUGGGGCGGUGAUAUCAUCAACUUUCCCUUCACUUUCAUCUGGCGUAAGCUUGGGUUUUUCGCGAAUGGCAGAAAGGCUUAUGAUCAACUUCCUCAACGAGACUCUCUACCUCAGUGGAAUGAGGGCAGCGAGAGCGGAUCGAGUCAUGGUGACUACUCAGAGGACGAGUACAAGGAGAAAACCAGAUCGCCGACGAUUACAACACGACGAUCAAGCUUCCCCACGGGAGGUACUUCAUCGAAGCGCUCAAAAUGCAUGCGCUUCCUUCGCUUUCUGCCGUAUCCUAUCGUUACCAUUUUAUUAACGGCUCUUUUCACGCUCACGAUUUUACGACCCAAGGAUCCUUCUCUUAUCUUCCUCUCUUGGACCACUGGGCUUUUACCUUUUGUUGACUUUGCCUCAACAUCACCAUUCCUCGACGACCUCCCCUCAGUUUUCGGCAAAGGACUGCAACGAUCCUGGGACGAUAUCACUGCUCUUGCUAAUCCCGCUCCUUUGGACUGGCUCCCCAAAGGCACACCUGUUGUUCCGGCCGAGGAGCCUUCUGGUUUCCGCGAUUGGUAUAGCAAACAGCCUCGAUAUAGCGCCAAAUCCGACCCAUUGAAGAUCUCAAAUCUGGAGGAGCCUCUCCGCGAGUCUCUACAAGGCAAGCUGAAGGACAUCAAUAUUCGACACGUCGUCAUGUUUUUCUUGGAAAGCACCAGAAACGAUGUUUUCCCUAUCAAGAAGGACGGUCUAAUCUGGAAUCGAUUCGCCGACACAUUUCCCGACAAGAAACUGCCGCAGGAUGUUCAAGAUAAAUUGGCCAGUUUGACACCAACAGCGAACUUUAUCACAGGCGACUACGAGGACGGAUUUGAGCACGCUGAUAAGCCUAAGCGGGGAGGAAUUCACUUCACCAACGCACACACAGCCGGAACCUACACUCUCAAGAGCAUGACUGCUACAGUCUGCGGUAUUUCUCCUCUGGUUGCAGACUUCAACCUCGAACACAGCCAUCACCUAUAUCAGCCUUGUUUGCCGCAAAUCUUCAACGCUAUGAACAUCGCAGAGACCAAGGACUCUGAGAAAACGAAGGAGGACAAGUGGAACUCGUAUUUCUUCCAGGCUGCGACUCUCGACUAUGAUAAUCAGAUGAACUUGAUGGGAGCCAUGGGUUUCCCAAUAGACCACACGAUUGGACGAGAAUAUCUUCGUAGUGAUCUUGCGAAGCAUGGCCCCGUUACAUUGCCUAACAUCAACGAGUUCGCUUUUGAAGAGGACCCGUUGGAGGACUAUAUCACCGAUAUCUUCGAGGACGCGGUAAAGGACAACAGCCGCGUAUUCCUCACACAUCUCACGAGUACCAGCCACCACCGAUUCCACAUGCCCAAGACCGAGCCUUAUACGCCUUUAGCCAAGGGUCUAGAUAUGAUGUCCCGCUACGUCAAUACGAUUGGAUAUGAUGACAAGUGGAUUCGAAAGGUCCUUAAUGUCUUGGACAAGCAGGGCAUUGCCAACGAGACGCUGGUCAUUUUCCAGGGCGACCACGGAACAUCACUACCAGAGAACGACUACGCAUCACCAUACUACAACCCAAACAUCGGCGUCGACCACGUCCCCAUGAUCCUCUCACACCCACAAUUACCCCCCUUCAACGUCGACGAAGCCGUUCACUCCACACAAAUCCUCCCCACCAUUCUGGACAUUCUUCUCGAAUCUGGUUCACUCAGCGAAACAAGCCGCAAGGUUGCAACAGACCUGAUCGGCAAUUACGAAGGCCAAUCACUCCUUCGACCUCUUAUCACCAACAACAAUGUCACAGGUCAAGGCCAGUGGCAAUUCACCGUGACCAACCCCGGACGGGCUAUGCUUACCGUCCGAGACGCGCGGUAUCCGGAUCGUCACCUUGUGGUACCAGUUAUCGAGAAUGUGGAUUGGAGACUAACAGAUCUUUCAAAAGAUCCGCACGAACAUGAUUCAGUGCAGAGUUUGGAUUUUACUGCUUUUAUACAUGGUGUUGAUGAAAAAUACGGACGAGAAAUGGCCGAGUGGGCUGAGGAGGGUGCCUUUGUUACGAGAUGGUUUGUCAAGGAGAAUAGCAGGCGUUGGCGGUUUGAUCUCUGA